UUUUGUCGGGGCUGAACGUGGCCCUGUUUCUACAGUUUGUUUGCGUCUGACGUCGCUGUGGCGCUGCGCGACCUGCAGAUGGAGGGCAGGAAGUGAUUUUCGACAGAGGAAACACUAUCGCGAGCCCUCAAAAUGCCCAUGAUUUGCGUCGUUUAUGGCUGCUCGAAUCGCUCGAACCGUGAAACCACGAGGAGCUUCUAUCGAGUGCCAAAAGUUGUCGUUCACAAGGGGGAAAAGUGCAGGAAAUUGACCGAAAAACGCCGGAAAAAAUGGCUUGCGAUCCUGAGCUCGGGAGGAGCGGAGUCGGAUAAUGCCCGUGUGUGCAGCGACCACUUCGUCAAAGGCUGCCCUAGUGCUUUAAAUGACGUUGAGUCCGUAGACUGGGCUCCUACAGUUAACCUGGGCUAUCAGAAAGGUAAGUCCAUGUCAGAGGCAUCGCUUCUACGAGAGGAGAGGACGAGGCCCGGGGAUGAUCACCAAAGACGCACAGAAGGUGCAGAGGCCUUGCUGGAUCUCCAUGAGUCGGCUGAGAAGCCAGGGCCAGAGGACAUCACCGAGAUGUUACGCGAUCGACAAGGGCCACCGUACACAUACCUGUCAGAAAAUACUGUGCAAUUUUUGGGAGGCAACAUGCAGACUAGAGGCAUGGAAGAAGAGGGGGAUAGUAAUUUAUACAUUGACACUGACUCAGACACAGCAGAGAAGAAGGAUGGUACCAAGUGUAAAGUCAAAUGGACUCAGGAAGAGGAUGACAAUCUCAAAAUCCUGAUCACCAACUUUGGGAAAAAAGAUUGGAAAACCAUUGCCAGUUUUUUACCUGGGCGGACAGAAUUCCAGUGUAUGCACCGCUGGAAGAAACACCUGGAUCCUGAUUUAGUCAAAGGCUUCUGGUCCAAAGAGGAAGACGAAAAGAUAGUAGAGCUGGUGGGCAAGUACGGCACCAGACACUGGACUUUGAUUGCCAGGCACUUGAAAGGACGGCUUGGGAAACAGUGUCGUGAGCGCUGGCACAACCACCUUGACCCACUGGUCAAAAAAAGCUCCUGGACCGACGAAGAAGACCUCAUCAUCUACAAAGCCCACACCAUUCUGGGAAACCGGUGGGCUGAGAUCGCCAAGCUGCUCCCUGGAAGGACAGACAACUCUGUGAAGAAUCACUGGAACUCUACCAUCAAACGUAAAGCGGAGCUGGGCUUUUACAAAGACAACGCUGACAGCAUUUCCCUUGAUAUUCAACAGUUUGUGGAAGGAGAGGUGGACUUCAAGUGUGACGUUGUAUUAGACACUGAACCAGUAACUCCUGAAGUGGUCAGACAAAAGAAAGAGAAGAAACAGAAAGAGUGUCAGAGAACCAAGCAGAAAACGCCUGUUCCAUCUCCACAGACUUUGGCAUCGAGGGGAGAGUUAUCCUCUCCGAGUCCCUCCUUGCCCCCCAGUUCGAGUUCCAGUCCUAGUUCCAGCUCAGGGGCUCCACCAGCAGUCGUGCCGGUGGACCAGAAAAAGUUUGCUGAUGCGGCAUUGAGGAUGAUCGCUGAAGACAUGCUACCACUCAGUUUUGUAGAAGGCACAGGCUUCAGGUCUUUCAUGAGUAUCAUUAGCCCUGAAUACAACAAGCUAUCCCAGCGUGCCAUGGGCCUGCAGCUCUAUGACAAUGUGGAGAGAACCAUUAAGCCUCAGCUCAUCCGUGACCUUAAAGCCUGCCUUGCCAGAACCAAAGAUGGUGAAAGUGCCAUUCAUGUCACCUUUGACCUCUGGGCUGGAGAUCAAUCCCAACAAGUGGAGGAGCCCAUCGUCGUUGCGCAGCUCCACUUUGUCAGUGAUUCUUGGCAGAUCUGUCGUCCCAUUGUGGCUUUCCGUCACGUCAGCCACAAAAACCUCAGCACCGCAGUGGCCAGCGAGCUUGAAGGUGUGCUGCUGAGCUACGGCAUAUUUCCUCACAGCAUUGGCUACGUACUCGCCAAUCAGGCGAAAGAAACCCUGGCCGGAAACAACUUGUUCUGCGACUACAAGAUCAUGUGCUCAUCCAACAGGGGAGAACCAGAUGGAGAUGAGAUAGUGGCAUUUUUGUCAGACCAGAUGUCAGAAACAGAGUCCCCCUUUUCAGAGCUACAGAUUGGGAACAGGACCACCUGUGUGGCCAAAACACUGCAGCUGGUGAUCAAGGAGGCACUGAAGAAUUCCAGGGUAGUGGAGAACCUGCUCUCACAGGUCCACAACGUGGUGGCUUUCUUCAGGAGCAGCGCCUACUGGAGUGAGGUUUUGUUGAAGGAGUGCAACGUGUCUCUGUGCCCUUCUUCUAGUAAUUGUCGCUGGAACUCAAUGAUGCUGUCUUUACGCCGUAUGGUGCAGGAAUCUGCCUGGAGCACCAUCAUGGCGCUCCUUGCCCAGGCCCGCAUAGAGGCUAACGACACAGCCAGUGCCCCACCUCUGGUCAUGGUCAGGAGGGAGCAAGUGACUGACAUCCUGAGUCUCCUUGAGCCCUUUGAAGAGGCCUUGCAGGUCCUGCAAGGACAUGGUGUUACCAUCUCUUUCAUCAUACCCUCCCUCAUUGGCCUUGAUAAGACCCUGGAGAGCCGUGUCACCAACUACACCCACUUCAACAAGGCCCUGCGCACAGGCCUCCACACACACUUCCAAUCCCUGAUUCACCAGAAGGACAUGAUACUAGCUGCUGUGCUUGACCCCAGGAUCAAAAUGCAGCCGUUUUCUGAUGCCAAACUAGAGGACCAGACAGGUUUCCUAACUCCUCCGUCAAAGAAUCAGGCUCGUACCAUCGUGGAAGCCACAUUAGAAAGCAUGGAGGCCUCACCACCUCCUUCUGAGGAAGCAGAUAAAGACCAGACAAACAAGGAGUUGAAAAAGGAGCAGGAUGGCGAAGAGGAGAGCCAAGCCAACACGCUAAUGGAGGCAUCUGGUGCCAGCUCAGACGAGAACAACUGUGACGUAGGCAGUGGAAAUGACCUCAAGCGCAAGUCCAUCUUCAACUUCCUCCAACCGCCUGCAAAGACCUUGAAGAUGUCAGAGCUUGAUGUGUACCUGGCCGAACCACUGUGGGAGACCAACUCCAGCGUGCUCUACUGGAAAUCUGCUACUCGGUUCCCCGUGCUCCAGGGCAUUGCCAAGACGCUACUGGCAGUACCAGCCACCUCAGGGGGCUUCGACCGGCUUUUUCCAAUGGCAGCAUGCAUUGUAAGAGCCAAAAGGAACCGCCUACCACCUCACACCACAGAGAGACUGCUUCUAUAUAAAAACUCUUUAAAGGCAAAGACUGUUAAAAAGCACAGUGGGGUCCCUAAACACUGAUAGGUCAAGUCACAAUUUUGCCUGGUUACUCUAACCUUCACCCAAAGAAUCGCUACUCUUAAUUCUCCAUACUUGUCACAUUGCAUUAAACAGAAACUCAGCAACUUACUAUAAAUUGUGCUUGCGCACCUAAUUGACCCCAUCCAACUCAAUUAAAUUUUCUCGAACAUUACAUUAAACUAACUGAAUUUAGCAUCAUUUUAACCUUACAGCAGUAGGCAACAGCAGCAAACCAUAGUAAAAGUGUAUGAACAAUGAGAGCAGUCUACUCAGAAUAUCUCUUUUAAAAAAAAACAGAUACAACACAGUGGCAGCCUGCGAUCUACCGUCACAGCUCAAACUGUUGUCAUUUCUCUGGGGCUAGUGGGCUCAGAUGAAUACAAGUGUUCAAGGUACAGGCAGCUUCUCUUUACCCUUCACUCAAAGUAGAUGAACUGCAUUCCCCAAACAAUAUAUAAUAAAGACUUGUAAAAUGUAAUCCCGAGUUUGAAUUAUGAUGCCUUUUAGAAAUUGUAAGCCAGAGGAAUGAACAGGAAUUUGUAUUUUGUAGCUGAAUCACUUCAAACUAAAAUGAGUUCCUCUGAAGACUUUGUGCUGACAUUCUUGUCUCAAAAAGGAGGUCAUGAAGAAUAUUAUGAGUGAUUAUGAGUACUAAUGUGUAGGAUCUGAAAUUUUCUGACUCCCACUGGUAGUAUUAAAAAAGACACUUUGGCAGACAGCAAAGCACAAAUCUACCUUAAUGCUAUAAAAAUAAUUUGCUUCAAUCAGAUCCGCAAUAAAAAUGCUACACAUCAAAUCUUAACAUCAGCCUGUGUUUCUCUUGAUACAGAGAAUAUUUAUUGCUGUUCUCUUUGGUAGGUAAAUCACAGUGUGGGUGCAUGGCUAGCCAGUUCCUAAAGCAAAAAGUUUAAGCGAUUAAUAUGUGCCAGAAAACGCACUGUAAAUUUUUAAACCCUUUUUUUUUUUCUCUAUUCAGUUAUGGUAAUUAAUUUGUUUUAUAUGCUGUACACCAAGGGCAUAUGGACUGUGUGUUGGGUCACUUGGCAGUCAACUAAAAGAGACUGCACUUUUUUUUCAGCUUUUUUAAUAUUAGCCUUUUACAAUUUGUUUUUUUUUUUUGUUUGUUUUUUGUUAGUGGUCAGUGAUGCAUUAGAGGUGCACCAGUGAAUUGUUUUCUCAAGAGCCUUGAUGAUUCAUCAUCUGUUUUUGCUCCUAAAUGAGUUGUAAUCUCUGAUGGGGGUUUAAGGGAAAGGUCAUUCUACAUCUUAGUUUAUCUGUUAUAGACUGGUAGGCUUGUAAACAUACUAAAGUUCACAUUGAAUAACAACUGACUGUUUUAUUGCAGUGAUAACUGUUCAUAUUGUGCUAAUAAACACCAAGGUGAACAUGAGUCCCUUGACCACUUGUGUCUCAACAUGGAAAUAUCCAAAAAAUGUACUUGUAUUAUAAAAUAAAGAUAUUUUUCUCUAUAAUUUCUUGUAUUUAUGGCUCACAGUUUUCAUUUAUGUUCAAGUCAGUUUCUGUGUUUUGUAACAGCAUUGUCUGGGUAAGAAUAAUACUAAUACUGUAAUCAGCGAGGAGUUGUAAAGGGUGGAAGAAAAGGCAGUUGAGCAGAUUAGUAGUAUAUCCCCAGCAGCCCAGGUUGAAAAGAUUACAAAAGAAUAAAAUCUAACAUAUUUUUUUUAAAAAAUUAAAAAGGAAGAUGGCUUUGGGAAACAAAAACUUAAUGAGACAUAAUUCUAGGUAUUGCACUGAAAUGCACAUUUGAAAAUGUCACUAAUGUUUAGAACAUGA